AUGGACUCGCUGAUUCGCACGGUAGAUGCAAAGUCCAAAGACCUUGAGCUCCCAGCAACCAACUUCCUUGUUCACGAGCGGCUGUUGUAUCCCAAGGGAGCAGCAAUGGACAGCAUGCUCAAGCUCGUCUCGCGAAUUGCACCCGGAAUUCCAAUUGCAAAAGCUCAGUUGAUGGAUAUUUGGCAGGAGGAAGUGUCAAAAGCUGUUAUGUUCCCCUCUCUCACGGAGCAUGUUGCGCAGCGCAAAUUCGGGGAGAUUAUCAAGACUAUGUUCUGGCCAUAUUUUAGAGCAUCGCCAGAUGUCAUGAACCAACUGCUGAGCACGAGGUUCCACACCGAUCUUGCGGAUGCCAUGUUGACCAAUCGCCAUCUGGACGAAAACAAUUUAAAUGUUUUGGCCCAGAUAAAGGAGCAGAAUGUGGAGCACGAAUUCCAUGUGUUGAGAGACAGCGAGAUGCUGCUGUUUCCAAAUGUAACGGAUAGACAUAAAAAAUCCUUAGCCAGGUUGUCACGGUCCUGUUUCCUUACCGUCCAUGAAGCAGACCAAGAGACUAGCGAGAACCAACUUUUAAAAAGCUCAAAUUCUAAUUUUUUGUUGGUUGCAGGUGACACCAAAACAGCCAUGGAAUAUUACAGGCUCCUGGGCGCGCUGAAAAACAGAUCGUCCGACAUCAAAGGAUCAGUUGUCUUGGUGAUUCCCGGCUCGCUUUACUCGUGUUCUGAUGAUUUCUGGACUCUUGGGUCGCUGGAGGAUAUAUAUUCAACAAUGAAAAAAAAUGCGUAA